GCGCCUGCACGCUUGCUUUCCUAACCGCGCGCGGCACUCAGAUCUCAUUAUGUCACUUCAGAUGUCGGCCGCGUAGAUAGAUAGCGGCAGCGCAAUAUACAGGAGGUGGAGUACCGGGGAGAGCGUAUCAGUGUCACCCCCGCGCCAGAUUGUCAAUGUGCGGUUGUCACCUCUCGUGGUCGCUCGUCACACGCUCGCGACGCGGGGCGACGCGUACGUCAUUGGAUCAAUAGCCGUCUGCGCCAAUUACAAGCGGCGUAUUGACUCAAUAGUUGUGUAAUUUCGGCGAGCGCGGCACGGGUGUACGUCGGUGCUUUGUCAACAGUAGCGGGCGCCGUGCGCAAGGGAGGCAGAAGAUAUGUGAUACAGCCCGCUGGCAGACAUACACGCACGCACGCACGCACACGCGCACGCACGCACGCGCGCACCGAUACCCGUGCGCGUCCCCAGCACGGCGUCAGUGCGCAACCAGCUACCGUCGGCGACAGAUUUUCGUGUUCGCUUCGCGGCGACAGUUGCUACUUCGACGAGAAUUCCCGCGUCGGCAAGCGUUCCUGCGUCGGCAAGAAUUCCUGCGUCGGCAAGCGGUCUGCGACGGCGACGCAUUCAACGUCAUCUCGACGCUGACUAACUACGUCGCUUGCGACACCGGACAGAGAGCGGCGGUGACGGUGGUGACACUCCUGUCUCUCCGUCGAUCAGGCGACGACCGUCGGAAACGCAAACGGGCCACAAUUGAACUGGUUAGCGAUCCGAAGCGACAAACAGUUAAAGACUGCGACCGCACACGUCUUCCCCGUCGACGGACGUAGAAAGACACAGAGAGAACGAGGAAACGGGAAGGGAGAGCGAGAGAAGGGAGAGAGAGAAAGAGAGCGAGAGAGAGAGAGAGAGAGAGAGGGGGGUAAGGACGUGUCCCGUGUGAGCACAGCUGAUAAACAUUGUCGCAUGAGCCCUACCAGUCGCUCUCUUCCGUAGCUCAAGGACACACGCGCACGCACGCACGCACGCACGCACGCACGCACGCACGCACGCACGCAUACGCGCGUACGUGUACCGACGCAAGAUGGAGACGUCGGAGGACGAGGUCGUGUCGGCCGGCGUGCUACGUCACGCACGCAACGUCGGCGUCGCGAUGGAGACGACGACGACGACGACGAUGACGACGCCGACACUAAAAUCACGGAAGCCGACAGGCGGCAACAACAACAUCAACAACAACAUCAACAACAACAUCAUCAACAACAACAUCAACAACGUCGCAGCAGCGCGACGUAAGGUGAACAACAUUGAGGCCGAGAAGCUGAAAUCUCGCGCGAAAGACGUCGCUGCCGACGGCAGAGAGACGGCCGGUAACGUCGCCGACGAGCCGACGACAAACUCCAGCGACUCGUGGGCGACGGACGGCGGCAGCGUCCCGGGUUCGCGCAACAGUCCGCCGCAGCACCGGGACUCGAACCACCACUGCCAGCAAGUGAAAGCCGGUAAGCGACAGCGCUGCGAUGACGAUGGCAGCGGCGGCGGCGGCGACGACGUUGACGAUGACGACGCGUCGAGGAAGCGGCGAGCGUCGCCCGUCGUACUGCGCGAACCACAACAGCAGCAGUCGGAGGUCAGGACUACGGCGUUCUCUGUGAACGACAUACUUGACCCGCAGAAGUUCACCGGUUCGCGUCCUGGUACCGACUCGAGUGUCUGGCAUCCGUGGAACGAAGACCCUUCUAUCCAACACGACACAUGCGGGGAGCGACUCCUCGAAGCCCGCAACAAACUCGAGGAAUCGGACGACGAGGCAUCCUCAGCCGACAACGACGACGACGCCGACGCGACGACCGACGGCGACGCGAAAUGCGACAAGCCCGAGAUGUCGUCGUCCGUCGACACGGACGGUAAGAGUAAGAAGAAGCGACCGCCAGGUGGCGGUGACAGCAAGGCCGGCAAGCCUCGGCGAGCGCGUACGGCGUUCACUUAUGAGCAGCUCGUCGCCCUCGAGAACAAAUUCAAGACAACUCGUUACCUGUCCGUGUGCGAGCGACUCAACCUCGCGCUGUCGCUGAGUCUCACGGAGACGCAGGUCAAGAUCUGGUUCCAGAAUCGACGCACUAAGUGGAAAAAGCAGAAUCCGGGUAUGGACGCGAACAGUCCAACGAUAGCACCCUCUCCACCGAUGUCGUCGCUAGGCUACUCUUCACACUACGGUCACGGACUGCUACCGUAUGGCUCGCAGAUGCACUACCUGGCAAGCGCAGGCUCAGCCCUACCUUACCUCAUGAGUCACGGUGGUGGGUAUGCUACGCCACAUAGUUUCUACUCGCAUAUGGGGCAUACGCCCAUCUCUAUACACGACUCAAGCCUCAGAUAGAAGCAGGAGCAUUAUACGUAGGGUCGCGCAUAUUUCUAUAUAAGUUGUUUUUUGUGUAUAUAUGUGUAUAUGUAGGUGUUAAUUCAUUGACAUCCGCUAAUAUAUACGUGCAUUUCAUUAGGAUAUCUGCACGUGAAUUAAUGUUAACCGGAUGUUUGGAAUCUCAUAAUGCUAGGCGCCGGCAGAGGAUGUCUUUCUUCAAAUAUUAGAAUCAGGCGAAUACGCGAGCUGCUGUUAGGCCAGUGGACCAAUCAUUAGGCCACUCGAAGUUGCUAAUUUACCUAUCAUCCUGGCGUGCUUGGCAAACAUUAAUUGAAGUGAUAGAACGUUACAAAUUACUGUUUGGCAACGAGGUGCCGAAAAGUCGAAACUUGCACGCGUGCACGAGUGGGAAACAAGUAUGAAUUGGUCUAGCUUCAUGGGCCUGAUUACGAUAUUUAUAGGUGGGUUACGUGAUUCACAGACGAAUACGUUACUUAAUGUCUAAUCACCGAGACGGGUCAUAAUAUUUUUUCUUGACAUUCUUGUUAUGUUCUCGUCAUUUAAAAGUCGUAAUUCGCUUUUUUAAUUUUUUGCCAAGUAGCAAACGAUAUGUGGCAUUGUUAAUGAGAGUUAGCCUAAUUAAUAUAACGAUUACCAUAUGAAAAUAGGUCACAUAAGUGUAAAUAUUGUAUUCGUGAUUCAACGAACUAUCCAAAGACAUUAUUUAAAUAACAAAAGCGUUUAUAAUACUCAACUCUUGCAAGUUUAAACAUUACAAGAGAAACAUGUACUAUACGUUUGGUAUUUUUAAGAUUGUUUUUUUUCUUUGGCUGCACGUACGCACGAACGCAGGUGCGUCCAUAUAAUAGCCAGGAAUAAAUUAUCCCACAUGGACUUGUAUAUAGUCAUUUAUGUGCUACAUUGAUACUACUGUGUAAUAAAUACAGUCUGAUUACGUACACGUUUUGAAACGACGGUAGCAUGUAGCCUGUCAGCUUGCAAGAAAAGUAACAGCAUUUACAGCGUGUUCCAUGAACGAUAUACAGCAUAUCAUAUGCGCUUCAUUAGAUUAUUUUAAUUUCUAUUUUAAAAUGUCUAAAAAAUAGCAUGGCAUAUCACGAGAAUAAGCGCAGUGACAAUUAGAAGAAUGUGGUUUGAUAAUUUAUUACCGUGAAAAUAUUGAGGUAAACGACUCUUGCAUGCAUGUGAUUAUAUUCAAGAAACAGAGAUUUGAAAAUAUAUUUAUGCUUCUAUUCAUAGCAAA